AUGACUACAUCAUUCUAUGAGUUAACUCCAAAGGAUAACAAGGGUCAACCUUUCCCCUUCACUCAAUUGAAAGGCAAAGUCGUCAUGAUCGUCAACGUCGCAUCCAAAUGUGGUUUCACCCCACAAUAUAAGGAAUUGGAAGAUUUAUACAAGGAAUACAAGGACAAAGAUUUCAUUAUCAUCGGGUUCCCUUGUAAUCAAUUCGGUAAUCAAGAACCAGGUUCUGAUACUGAUAUUGCCAAGUUUUGCUCUUUGAACUAUGGUGUUACUUUCCCCGUUCUCAAGAAAAUCGACGUCAAUGGUGUCGAUGAAGAUCCAGUUUAUACUUUCUUAAAGGAUCAAAAAUCAGGUUUAUUGGGUUUCAAAGGUAUUAAAUGGAAUUUCCAAAAAUUUUUGAUCUCUAAAAAUGGUGAAGUUUUCCAAAGAUACUCUUCUUUAACAAAACCUAAAUCAAUGGAAGAUGACAUUAAAAAAUUGCUUGCUGAAUCUCCAUCUUCUACUUGA